GUGAAAAAAGACAAUCAGUCUUAUCAAAAUUCCUGUCACUGAAAAAUCAUUUUCAGCCUUUGGCGACUUUUUUCCAGAAGCUAAUGCCUUUCGGACAAUAAAAAUACAAAUUUAAUGCAAAUGUGAGUAGUAAAAAAUAAAUUCCUUUUCUAAAUUUUCGUGUAGAAAAGUAAAAUUUUCAUUCAAUAAUGCCUUGCGAUGGGAAAAAUGCUAACUGUGAUCGGAGACGAGAACUUCUGGCUCAACUAAAAUGCCUCGUCAGUUCUAUGGACAGAAAGAAGCCAUGCGAAUGGGAUGAACCACCUUGUCCACCUCCACAAUGUGUUCCGAUCUCUCUUACGGAAGAUAAUUCACCUUGUUGUAGUCCAGUGAAGGCCUGCAAGAGUUUCGAAAUAAGAAGCAGUUUAAUGUGGAAGUGUGAAUGCACAAAAAGGAAUGGCUUACAAGACAGAUGUAUGAUGAUAGAUUGCAUGGGCCGUCCAGAGUGCAUGACAAAAUUAUAUCCAGUUUGUGGACCAGGAAGAUCAGCUUUGUUGAAGCUGACGGACCUCGGAGAUGCUGAAGUGGCCUUAAGGAAAUUCUACUGUGCAGACAAAUCAAGGGAAGCCGCUCUGGCUGCUUAUUGUCGACUCAAGUGUGGAUCUGCAUGUCCACCGCCUCGACCAUGUUCUCCAGAACCAUGUCCACCACCACUAUGUUGCAAUCCUUACCCACCCGCACCACACAAUUCUUGCCCACCAUCCCAACCACGUAAUCCUUACCCACCACCGCCAUGUUGCAAUCCUUGCCCACCGCCACCACGUAAUCCUUGCCCACCGCCACCAUGUUAUAAUCCUUGCCCACCGCCACAACGUAAUCCGUGCCCACCGCCACCAUGUUGUCAAAAACCACCCCAACCCUCUGGUUGUCCACCCCCAUGUCCGCCUCCAUGCCCACCUCCACUCGUCCCUUGUAUUCCAUGCUGCGCAAUGCCUUUUCCUCCUUCUCCUUGCCCAGUCUGUUAGUUCAAAACACUGUUUAAACUUUUAUUAAAUAUAAAAAUGUCCUACCCAUAUAAAAAUUUGUAUAUAGAAUGUACGUCUAUAAU